CAGAGUGGGUUGACUCGGUAGAGGAGAUACAGUAUAGUAUGUCACGAGUCAACAGUCGGAUGAAAGAACUGCAUACACUGCAUGACAAGCACCUGAAUAGACCGAAUAUGACCGAUGGUAGGGAGGAGGAAUAUGAGAUAGAGGUGAUGACACAGGACAUCACACAGAUGUUCCAAUCGACACAACAAGCCAUCCAAGGCCUCAACUAUCGGUCACGGCAAUGCGAAUCACAAGCAGAGCUCAAAAUGUGCCGAAAUGUCAUCACUGCCUUGGCGUCAGAAUUACAAACUCUGUCCCAAAGUUUCAGGCGCGCGCAGUCCACCUAUCUGCAAAGAAUAAGGGGGAGAGAAGAACAGAAGAAGAAGCUAUUUGGCGAACAGGCUACUAUGCUCAUGGAGGAUGAAAGUGGGAAUGACGAAGUUGAGAUAUAUGAUAAGGAAUUCACGACGAAGCAAUUACAACAACUCGAGGAAGCCACCGCACUUGUCCAGGAAAGAGACCGAGAGGUUGCCAAUGUGAUGCAGUCGAUCAAUGAAUUAGGAGAGAUCUUCAAGGAAUUAUCAGUGCUGAUCAUAGACCAGGGUACAAUGCUGGACCGAAUAGACUAUAAUCUGGAACAGGUGUCCACGAGUGUGGCUGAAGGCCUAGUGCAAUUACAAGAGGGAGAGAAAUAUCAAAAGAAGUCCCGGCGGAAGCUAUGCUGCAUCCUAUUUUUAUUUAUAGCAUGUGCUGUCAUGAUAUUUUUGCUGGCCUUCAAAUUCUGAGCUGAGAAACACGAGCAUGCGCACAAAAGUAUACGGUAAUAAAAACAUAUCUGACUG